UAUGUGAGCUCCCUCUGAAUCUCUAUCGAUGUGAGAAUGUCUGAAUGUGCAAUAUUUUGAAAUCCAACAAACUUUCCCUCCAAUUGCUCUCUCCUCUUCAGCACUUUCUCCAAUCCCCACCGCCGGCAUAAUCCUCUUUUGAGUCUUCUCCUCUUUACCGGAACACUAUCUCCGGAGUUGAUUUUUCCGUCGUGACUUCAGCCGCUAAAGCUCAGAUAUCCUGACAUCUUAACUACCGCCUGUGAUUCAGCUGCUUGCUCGCAUUGCGUGAAUAAAGGCCGAUUGGGGGAACAUCUGUUGUUUUGAGUUUUGACUAAUGGAUGCUCAUUCGUUGAAGUCCGUGCUGGACUUGCCUGCUCUGUUCCGCUCAGCUUUCAGUUUCAGAUAUUUUAACUCAUUGCAGAGUGAAUGCUUUCCUACUUGUUACCUUUCGGACGUGAACAUGGUUAUUUCGGCACCUACUGGAAGUGGGAAAACAGUGCUUUUUGAGCUAUGCAUUUUGAGGCUUCUCUCAAGGUUCAUAUCCAGUGAGGGUGUCUUUGCACACGCCAAGGGAUCUCUGAAGACGAUCUAUGUGGCACCUUCUAAAGCUCUGGUACAAGAGAAACUUAGGGAUUGGACCCAAAAGUUUGGUUCAUGGGGAAUCAUUUGUCUGGAGCUGACAGGGGAUAAUGAGUACUACAACAAUAAGGAUAUUGUGGAUGCUGACAUAAUUCUUACUACUCCAGAGAAGUUUGAUGCUGUGACUCGAUAUCGCAUUAAAGAUGGAGGCCUGAGCUUUUUCAGUGACAUUGCACUGGUAAUUAUUGAUGAAGUUCAUCUGUUGAGUGAUCCUCGUGGAGCAGCUUUGGAGGCUGUCGUUAGCCGAAUCAAAAUGCUCUCUUCCAGUCCCGAAAUGAAAAACACUCCUCUAGCUCAUGUUCGUAUUCUAGCUGUCUCGGCUACAAUACCGAAUAUAAAUGACAUCGCGGAGUGGCUUAUGGUUCCUAACCAAGGAAUUAAAAAGUUUGGUGAAGAAAUGAGACCAGUAAAAUUGACAACCAAAGUUUUAGGCUACACUCCUGCGAAGAAUGACUUUCUAUUUGAAAAGCGCCUUCAGAACUACAUAUUUGAUAUCCUCAUGCUACAUUCAAGAGGCAAGUCUGCACUGGUAUUCUGCUCAACACGGAAAGGAGCACAAGAGACUGCCCAACGGAUCACACAAACAGCUAUGACAUUUGGUCAUUCAAAUCCUUUCAUAAAAAACAGAGAGCAUCAAGACAGACUGAGAGAAGCUUCACUGUCAUGUGGUGAUAAACAAAUGCAAUCUUAUAUUCCAUAUGGUGUUGGAUACCACAAUGGUGGGCUUUCAAUGAAGGAUCGAAAUCUUAUUGAAGGUCUCUUUCUGAGCGGUGAUCUGCAAGUUCUGUGCACCACAAAUACUCUUGCCCAAGGAAUUAACCUGCCGGCAUAUACAGUUAUAAUAAAGUCAACACAAUACUUCAACCAGGAGAAGCGUCUUUACAUGGAAUAUGACAGAUCUAUGAUCCUGCAGAUGUGUGGAAGAGCAGGCCGUCCACAAUUUGAUGAUGCAGGACUGGUUAUAAUAAUGACCAGAAAAGAAACUGUACACUUAUAUGAGAACCUGCUAAGUGGAUGUGAAAUGGUGGAAUCACAACUGCUUCAAUGCAUUACUGAGCACUUGACCGCAGAGAUUGUUCAACUGACAGUUUCAGAUAUUACCAAAGCAAUCAAAUGGAUGAAAUGCUCAUAUUUGUUUGUGAGAAUGAAAAAGGCAUGUUCUUCUGCUCAUAGCAUGGACGACCAGUUUGCUAGUAGCUAAUUGGAUUAUUGAUGCUUUAUAAAUUUGAAAACCAGAACCCUGAGAAUUAUGCAAUAAAGAAACAACUAGCCAGUGAGCAUGUAGAAAGGCAUCUGCAAGAGAUAUGUGUUCAGAAGGUCAAUGAGUUAACACGGUACCAAAUGAUCUGGACUGAUGAGGACGGUUUCCUCUUAAAGCCUCUUGAGCCUGCAAAAUUGAUGACAAAAUACUAUCUAAAAUUUGAGACAAUGAAACACAUUAUGCAGGCACCUGCAAACUGUAGCAUAGAAGAUGUGCUUCAAAUUAUUUGCCAUGCUGAGGAGAUUUCUUGGAUACAACUCAGGCGCAAUGAAAAAAAACUUCUGAAUGAUAUAAACAAUGACAAAGAUAACAGGCUACGGUUUCACAUACUCGGUGAUAACAAGAAGAAGAAAAAGCGGAUCCAAACUAAGGAAGAGAAGAUAUUUAUUUUAGCUAAUGACUGCCUUACUGGAGAUCCUUUAGUUCACGAGUUGUCAAUGACCCAGGACACCAAUUCUAUAUGCACAAAUGGAAGCAGAAUUUCAAAGUGCAUGAAAGAGUACUUUGUUUACAAGAAAAACUACAUUGGAGCUCUGAGUUCAGCACUUCUUGCCAAAUCUUUGCAUCAAAAAGUGUGGGACAACAGUCCAUUCUUGCUGAAGCAAUUACCUGGCAUUGGAAUGGUGACGGCAAAGGCACUGAACUCGAUGGGGGUGAAAUCUUUUGAGGCUCUUGCUGAUGCUGAUCCAAGAAAGAUUGAGAUAGUGAGUGGUCGUAAAUAUCCAUUUGGAAACCAUAUAAAAGGAGCAUUAUUAUCACUUCCACCAAAAAUAGAGUUGAAAGUAGAGGAAACUGAGAGUCAGAGGCGAGGUAAGUCAAAGGUAGUCGUGACUUUGACGAGGAUUUCUCAACCUGCACAAAUGAAUAAAAGACACUAUGCUGAUCUGAUAAUUUCUAUGGAAGAAGAUAACCUGAUUCUAUUUCAUGAAAAGAUAAGAGUGGAUGACUUUCCAAGCCCAUAUAGUGCAACGGUUAUAGUGCCUGACCCUCAGAAAGGGAAGCUCACUGUGAAAGCAGAUCUGAUAUUUGACGAAUUCAUUGGUGUUGAUGUCCAUCAAAGCGUAACAUUGAUGAAGGAUAUAGGUGAUAGUAUUAUUAAUAAACUGAAACCAAGGCAGCCCCCCUCCUGUAAACCGAAGGAUGCAGGCAUCCUAGUUCUAGACGAUGAAACUGAAGGUGUUAUAGACAUGCCAAGUUUCAAUCUUAUAGAUGACGACUCAGAGGAAGUUGGAACUGAUGAAGACGAUGAAUGCAAGAUCAUCUCUGAAAAGAACAUAUUUGAUCACAUACGUGAAAAGGCGAAAAACUUACCUGCACCGGUCAUUUUGGGUGAUACUGCAUUAGAGACAAACUUGGCUCUUAUUAGAAAACGAACUCGUGAGAGACUGAUUUCAAUUGAUGCUCCAAUAGAAGUAUUAGAUGAAGGAACAAGCAAAGUUUCACGUUACAGCAUGGCCCUUCAAUCUGCUAGAGCUCAUCAACAGGAAAUGAAGUUCUCAGACAAAGAUCUACUAACUUCAGAAAAUCAUAAUUUCUCUAAGGACACCAUCAGUCCUACAAAUUACACGGGGAAACUUUUAUAUGAACCCGAUUCUGUUCAACCAGUAUUCACACACGUGCAAGAUUCACCAACGUGGGAGGCCACUGAAUCCAUGGAAUAUAAUUUGGCCAAUCAAAAGAACUGCUUCAACACUCGGUGUGAACAAGGCAGCUGUUCUGAUUUUGAGGGUUUUACAGGCGCAACAAGAGGCGUGACAGAUAGUAUUGUUGAUUUGGACCCUGAACCUCUGGAGAGAAAGCAACAUGAAUCUAAAGGGGGCACAAAGGUGAGGAAUGGUGAUGAUCAGCCUCCGGUGAUGUUAAGAACCUUGUCGGGAUACAGAGCAGCUGAUGAGGUGCCAUCAUCACCUUUGCCGAAAAAGGGAAUUGGUGAGUUGAGAAACUCUUCAGAAAUGAAAGGGAAGAAUCUCCCUUCUCAAUGUUUAUUGGAAAGGCCGUGCUCUUCAUCAGCAGUGGUGGGUGACAACAAGGAAGUGAACUCCUUCAUGGGGUUCAAAAGUGUGUUUUCAUUUCUAUAAAUAGAGUUGUUUCACUGCAUGUGGAUUUCAUAUUAUACUCGUGAACUACUGAAAUCAUUUAGACUAAAGUAACUCGGAUCGAAAUGGCUAUCUAAUUGGUUAUGACUUUACGAGUCUUUUUUUUUUACCUUAC